AUGGCCAAAAACCACCCCCAAGAGCCAAUUGCCAUCAUCGGCAGCGGCUGUCGAUUCCCAGGUGAGGCCACCUCCCCCUCCAAACUAUGGGACCUGCUCCGGACACCACGCGAUGUCCUGCGCAAGAUUGAUCGCUUCAGCGCCGACGGCUUCUACAACGCGGACGGCCACCACCACGGCUCCAGCAACGUCCUGCACUCAUACCAGCUCAGCGAAGACACACGCGCCUUCGACGCGCAGUUCUUCAACAUCCCCGCCUCCGAGGCCGAGUCCAUGGACCCGCAGCAGCGCUUCCUCAUGGAAGUCGUGUACGAGGCGCUCGAGUCCGGCGCCAUGAAGAUUGAGGAUCUCGCCGGCUCGCCGACGGCUGUCUAUGUCGGCGUCAUGUGCAAUGAUUAUGCACAUAUCACUUAUGCGGAUCUGGAGUCUGUCCCUAAGAAUGCUGCCACGGGCUCGGCGCUGAGUAUCCUCUCGAACCGCAUCUCUUACUUCUUUAACUGGACUGGGCCAUCGAUGACGGUUGAUACGGCUUGCUCGUCGAGUUUGGUGGCCCUGCAUCAUGCUGUCCAGACUCUGCGCGAGGGAUCGUCCAAGGUUGCUGUGGCGGCGGGCACAAAUUUGAUAUUCACCCCAACAAACUAUAUCGCAGAGAGCAACGUCAACAUGCUCUCGCCAACAGGGCGAUCUCGCAUGUGGGACGCCAACGCCGACGGCUACGCUCGCGGCGAGGGUGUUGCGGCGGUGGUGCUGAAGACGCUGAGCCAGGCAAUUGCAGACGGCGACCACAUUGAGAGUGUAAUCCGGGAGACAGGUCUGAACCAGGACGGUCGAACGACCGGUAUCACGAUGCCCAGCAGCACCGCGCAGGCGGCGCUCAUCCGCUCGACGUAUGCGCGGGCCGGCCUUGAUCUGACGAAACAGGCCGACAGGCCGCAGUUUUUUGAAGCUCACGGAACCGGUACCAAGGCUGGUGAUCCCGAGGAGGCGAGGGCUAUCUACAAUGCGUACUUUGGGAGCGAAGAUACCAAGGUCUCCGACUCGCUCUUUGUCGGGUCAAUCAAGACUGUUAUCGGACAUACAGAGGGUACGGCUGGCCUAGCUGGUCUUCUCAAGGCGUCGCUGGCGGUGCAGAACAAGACGCUGCCUCCUAACAUGCACUUCGAGAGCCUGAAUCCUGAUAUCCAGCCGUACUAUGGCAAGCUCCAAAUCCUGACCAGCCCGAGGCCGUGGCCUACUCUUGCUCCGGGUGUUCCUCGGCGUGUCAGUGUCAAUAGUUUUGGGUUCGGUGGUGCCAAUGCACACGCGAUUGUAGAAAGCUACAUGCCGUCGAAUACGAAUAUCGUCGAUAUAAAACCUAAUAGCGGAACUGCAGUUCCAUUUACAUUCUCUGGAUACUCCGAGAAGGCCGUGAUGGCCCAACUAACGAGUUUCCUGGAGUACAUCGAGAACAGCCCCGAGCCACGACUGAGAGACAGCGCAUGGACUCUAUCCCGACGAUCAGCCUUUGCAAUCCGAACGACCGUCUCCGGCAGCAGCAGUGUCGAGAGACUGAAAGAAAAACUGCAAGCCAAGGUCGACAGCAAAAAGGACGGCAAGGCCCUUGGGAUCCGCGCCUCAGCGAAGAACGCAAAGAUCCUCGGUGUCUUCACCGGCCAGGGCGCCCAAUGGCCCCAGAUGGGGCUGGGACUUGUCAAAUCUUCGCCCAUCGCCAGGAAGAUAUUUGCUGAACUGGAGAACUCGCUUGCUCAGCUUCCCACCGAGGACAGGCCGUCGUGGUCUCUGGUGCAGGAGCUCGAAAAGGAGGCUGAGGAGUCCCGCGUUAUGGAGGGCGAGUUCUCACAGGUCCUGUGCACGGCUGUACAAGUAAUGCUGGUCGACCUCCUGUCCUACUCUGGAGUGGCAUUUGAUGCUGUUGUCGGCCACUCGAGUGGUGAGAUCGGUGCUGCGUAUGCUGCUGGCUAUCUCAGCGCCAAGGAUGCCAUCCGGGUUGCAUACUACCGAGGGAAGUUUGGCAGACUGGCCCGCGGACGAGAGGGAGUGUCAGGAGGAAUGCUGGCUGCAGGGACUGAUCUCGCUGAUGCGAAGGAGCUGUGCGAGCUGGAGGCCUUCGAGGGUCGUCUCCAGGUUGCUGCCAGCAAUUCGUCUGCCAGCGUUACUCUGUCUGGCGAUGCAGAGGCUGUUCGUGAGGCGCAGUUUAUCUUAGAAGACGAGAAGAAGUUUGCGCGUCUGCUCAAGGUUGAUACGGCCUAUCACUCAUACCACAUGCAGCCAUGCGCCGAGCCCUAUGUUGACGCCAUGAAGAGGGCUGGUGUGCAGGUCCUGAAGCCCCAGAGUGAGACUCGCUGGUUCUCCUCCGUUCUUGAGGGUGAGGAAGUCGGCCCUGAGAUCGCUGCUACUCUGGCAAACACCUACUGGCGUGACAAUCUGCUGCAGCCUGUCUUGUUCUCGCAGGCGUUGGAACAAGCCGUCUCCAGCACGACUGAUAUCGGUCUUGUACUGGAGGUUGGACCGCAUGCUGCGCUGAAGGGCCCUGCGUCGCUGACCAUCAACGACAAGCUCGGCCGCGAAAUCCCCUACAGCGGCGUUUUAAGUCGUAAUUCAGACGAUGUCGAGUCAUUCUCUGACGGAAUCGGCGCCAUCUGGGCCAGUAUGCCUCGCCCGGUGGUCGACUUUGCACGAGUUGAUGCCCUACUGGCUGACGGCGCCGAAGACCUGCCACAACUCUGCGAGAGCGUCCCUGGUUACUCGUGGGACCACUCCAGGAAGUACUGGAUGGAGUCAAGGUCUUCCGCUGCACUCCGUCUGCGUCCUGCUGCGCACCAUGAGCUGCUCGGUGUGCGCGCCGACAGCCUCGACCGCGAGUACCGAUGGCGCAACUUCAUCAAGCCCAGCCAGCUAUCGUGGACUCGCGGACACCAGGUGCAAUCGCAGCUGAUCUUCCCGGGGGCCGGCUUCUCCAUCAUGGCCCUCGAAGCCGCCAAAGUCCUCGCCCCGGCUGAGGAUAUUGCAACAGUAGAGCUGAUGGACGUGCAGGUCCUGCGGGCAAUGGCCUUCCAGGACGAGAACGCCUCGGUGGAGGUUGUCUGCUCGCUGAUGAAUGUCGUCGAGGACUCUGACCAGUCGUCUAUCACGGCAGACUUUGCGUGUGACAUCUGUUUGUCCAAAGAGUCUGGGUUCGUGAUGGCUUCUUGUGCCACUGUUCGUCUCCAGCUGGGAGAGCCCUCCCUGUCGACUCUCCCUGAGCGAAACGCCUCCACGGUGCGCAUGAACGACGUCGACAUCGACCACUUCUACAGCACCCUCUGGGGCCUGGGAUACAACUAUACCGACAUGUUCCGCUCGAUUACUUCACUGCAGCGCACAACCGAUGCUGCACAGGGUAUUAUCCACACCGAGCUGCCGCAAGACUACACCACCUCCUUGACAUUCCACCCAUCGACUCUCGACGUCGCCUUCCAGGGUAUAUUCGGAGCCAUGGGCGCCCCCGGAGACGGCCGGCUCUGGACCGUCCUCGUCCCAACACGCAUCAAGAGAAUCACAAUAAACCCCAGCGUGUGCGCCCAAAGCGCAAAGGCCGGUCUGGGCGUCGACAUGCCCUUCGACGCCAACGUCUCCGUGUCCCCCGUCGACGGCGUCGCAGGGGACGUCGACAUCUUCGACUCCACGGGCGUCAACAAAGCAGUCCAAGUCGAGGGGCUGCAGGUCUCCCCGCUGGCACCUGUGACGCAAAGCGACGACAGGGAGGUCUUCUCCGACACCAUCUGGAACUACCAGGAGCCUGACGCGGCGCGCGGGGUUGCGGAGUGGACGCUGACGGAUGAGGAGUGGGAGCAUGCGCGGUAUGUGGAGCGGGCGUGCUUCUUCUAUCUGAAGCAGCUGCAUGAGACGAUCACGGCGGAGGAGAGGGAGCGCUGUGACUGGCAUCCGAGGAAGAUGCUGGACUGGGCGACGGAGGUUGUGGGUGUUGUUUCGCGGGGAGAGCAUUCUAUUAUUCGCAAAGAGUGGAUGGAUGAUACGUGGGAGAUGCUGAAGGGGCCGUUGGAUGAGCUUACUGCCAAAUACGAGGAUUUUGAAAGCCUCACGCAUGUGGGAAAGAACCUCAUUCCGUUCGUCAGGGGCGAGUUCUCCCUCCUCGAGCUGGUGCGUGAUGGAGGGCUGCUCGAGCACAUCUACAGGAAUACCUACGCCUUCGCGGAGUAUAACAAAUACCUUGGGGAUCUGGUGAAGCAGCUCUCGCACCGAUUCCCCCGCAUGGACAUCUUUGAAAUUGGUGCCGGAACUGGCAGUACGACUGAAGCAGUCCUACGCAAGAUUGGGGACCAGUACUCCUCCUACACAUAUACCGACGUGUCGGCCGGUUUCUUCCUCAAGGCACAGGAUAUGUUCAAGGAGCACACGGGCAAGAUGGUCUACAAGACCUACGAUGCUGAAAAGGCGCCCAGCCAGCAAGGGUAUACCGAACGCACCUACGACCUGGUCAUCGCAUCCAACGUGCUGCACGCCACGCACUCGCUGGAGACCACCCUGGCCAAUGCACGCAAGCUCCUCAAGCCCGGUGGCUACUUGGUGAUGCUGGAAGUCACCGAUGUGCAGCCCCUCCGGCCGACAUUCUUCUUUGGAUGUCUGCCUGGAUGGUGGGUGGGUGAGAACGAUGGCCGUCCUCAUCACCCCCUGGUCACCAAGGAGCGCUGGGGCGAGCUCUUCAGUGCCACUGGCUUCUCAGGGCUGGAUACCUCGACGCCGUCCCACGAUGUCUUCAUGGCCCCCUUCUCGGUCAUGCUGACCCAGGCUGUUGACAAGCAGAUGGGCCUGAUCCGCCAGCCGCUGCAGGAGGACAGCAAGAUCAAGAUCGACAACCUAUUGAUCCUCGGAGGCGUCGGAUUCACCACUUACGCAUUGAUCGAGAGCGUCAAGGACCAGCUGCAGCCGUUCGUCAACGAGAUCACAAUCGUCGACACCGUCGAGGAUCUCCAGGAAUCGCACUUCCAUCCGCGCCAGAUGCUGCUGAGCUUGGUCGAGCUCGACGCUCCAGUCUUUUCGCCCUUCACGCCCGAGAGAUUCGCCGGCCUGCAGAUGCUGACCGAGAAAUGCCGGAACGUUCUGUGGGUGGUGCAGGGUGCUUCAGGCGAGCAGCCCUACGCCAACAUGAUGAACGGCGUGGCGCGUUGUCUCGUCGGUGAACAGCCUGAUAUGCGCUUCCAGUUUCUUGACUUUGACGUCGCCGACAAUCUCGAUACCGAUCUCAUUGUUCAGACCCUGCUGCGUCUGCAGGUCUCGGAUGCCUGGCAUACCCUCAUCGAACCGUAUCGGCCUGUUUGGACCCUCGAGCGUGAAGUUCGCGUCACCCAGGGACAGUCCCGGAUCCCCAGAUACCGUCCCAGCGAGCGCCGUAACCUACAGUACAACUCAUGGCGACGCACCAUUCGAGAGGCCGUGGAUCCUGCCGAAAAGCCGGUUAUCCUCACGCAUGCAAACUCCCAGUUCGACCUGGAGGAGGAUACAGCGCCCAAGGCGGUUGAAGCUGGACAGCUGGUUAUCAAUGUAUCUCGAUCGUCGACCAAGGCCGUUGAAAUCGAAGGCAUUGGACACCUGUACAUUGUAACUGGAGAGAUUUCUCAGUCAGGACGGCGAGUCCUCGCAUUCUCUCAUCAAAACGGCUCCCAAGUCCAGGCCCCCAAGCACUGGGUUGUCAGCAUCGCAGUCCCAGCCUCUGAAGAGCAUGCCCUUAUCCAGAUAGCCAGUGACGUGUGCUUGGGCACGUCGAUUCUCAACCGUACACCUGGAAAUGGCCGUCUUUUGGUCCAUGAAGCCAGCGAAGGGCUGGCUCGGACUCUGCUUGCCCUCACGUCGUCAGAGCCCAACCGGGCCUUCUUCACCACGACAAACCGUGCAAAACUUGACUCUGGCUUGCCCUUUUCGUUCAUUCACCCGUCCAGCCCGGAGACUUCUAUUGCUCGCCGCGUUCCAGCGGGUGUUACGGCUUUCGUGGAUGCAUCUUUGAGAGGAGGAAAGGGACAGAGCCUUGGAGCUCGUCUUGCCCGCCAUAUCUCCUCGACUCAGGGCAGGGUCAUCUCCGUUGAUGGAUUCUAUAGUACUGCCUCCCUUCAUUGGGGUACUGUUGAGAAGAACAGCCUGUCAGCUCUUUUGCAGAAGACAACAGACGUGUUUGGCCAAGUUAACCACGAAGACGACUCUCCCAAGGAACUGUCUCUGGACAAAGUGAUUGGCGCCUCCUCAGCACGAAACGAGAUCGAAGUCGUGAACUGGAAGAGCCAGGACAAGGCACAAGUAAAGCUCUCGCCCGUCCAGGACGAAGUCACCUUCAGGAGUGACCGCACGUACCUGCUGGUCGGUCUUACAGGAGAACUGGGCAGGUCGUUAUGCCGCUGGAUGGUACAGCGUGGUGCACGCCAUGUAGUUCUCACCAGUCGCAAGCCGGACGUCGAACAGGCGUGGUUUGAUCUGAUGGCCUCGUACGGUGCUGAGGUUCAUGUCAUGGCGAUGGAUGCCACAAACCGCAAGUCUACAUACAACGUCGUGCAAAAGAUCAGGAAGACUCUACCCCCUGUUGCGGGUGUUGGCAACGGAGCCAUGAUUCUCAACGACGGUCUUUUUAAUGUCAUCUCGCACAAGGACUUCGACCAGACUCUGCGCCCAAAAGUCGACGGGACAAUCUAUCUCAACGAGCUCUUCAACACCCCAGACCUGGACUUCUUCAUCGUCUUCUCGUCCCUGGCCUAUGUCACCGGAAACUUCGGGCAGACCAGCUACGCCGCUGCCAAUGGAUUCAUGGCGAGUCUUGUCGAGGGCCGCCAGAAGCGCGGCCUGGUGGGAAGUGUGAUGAACCUCGCUGGUAUUUUUGGUCUGGGAUACAUCACUCGUACAGACCGCACAAUCCUGGAGCGUCUUGGACGACUGGGGUAUGCCAAUAUCUCCGAGUACGACUUCCACCAGUUCUUUGCUGAGGCUGUGCUUGCUGGUAUUCCUGGUUCUGGACGGUGCCUUGAGGUCUCGUCGGCUCUUCGUCCUAUUGACCCUGAGAAAGAGCCAAACCCCCCUGCCUGGUUGGAUAUGCCACGUCUGUCUCAUUACCGCCAGGCUAGGGCUGCCACUGCUGAGGGAGGUGACUCCAAGACCAUGUCGGUGCGGUCUCAAUUGAAGGAGCAGACUACCAUGGAGGAUGUUCAGAAGGUCUUAACAAAUGGUUUGAUAUCAACCUUGUACAAGCAGCUUGGUCUUGAUCCUAACGACGAUUCCAUCUCCCCCGACACCAGCCUUGUCGAGCUUGGUAUCGACUCGCUCGUGGCUGUGGAUAUGCGCGUGUGGUUUACCAAGGAGCUGGACCUUGACAUGCCGGUUCUGAAACUGCUUGGGGGUGCCACGGUUGCUGCCAUGAUCGAGGAUACCAUGGAGCGCAUGUCCCCAGACCUGAUCCCCAAGGUUGCGAAGAAGGAUGCUCCAUCAGCCGACGCCCCUGCGACUGCUGAAAUCCCUACUGUUGAAGUCUCUGCAGCAGAGGGAGAAGACGAGGGCGAAAAGAGCGCUGAGUUGGAUGAAACGUCCUCUUCCAACGACGAGCCCAGCUCCACCGAGCAGCCCUCGUCUUCUGAAGCCACUCCGCCGCCGAGUUCUAUUGCUUCAGAGUCAGAUCUGGUCAAGGUCGAGAAGCCUGCCUCAGUUACUUCCAUUGAAUCGCCAAAGUACGUGCGCAAGGUGAAGAUGGGAUAUGGCUCAGUCCAGUUCUUCUUCCUCGUGAAGCACCUGGACGACCCCACGGUUCUCAACAUGCAGUUCCGUCUCCCACUCCAGGGAAGGAUCAAGAUCCCUGAUUUGAAGUACGCUGUGAAGCAGCUUGGCCAGAGACAUGAAGCCCUGCGGACGGCCUUCUUCGUGGAUUCCGAGAACGACGAUGAGCCCACCCAGGGUGUUUUGGAGACUUCGCCUCUGCAGCUGGAGACUGUGCAGGUUGCAGACGCUGAUGAGGCCCGGCGAGUAUGCGAGGACGUUGGGAAUUAUGUGUUUGACAUUGAGUCUGGCGAGACCAUCCGCAUCCUGCUGCUGUCCAUGAGCCCUACCUCCCACUGCCUGGUGCUCGCCUUCCACCACAUCAGCAUCGACGGCUUCAGCUUCAACGUCCUGCUCGACGAGAUCAAUGCCCUGUACCAGGGCCAGCGUCUUCCAGCAGUGACAACCCAGUUCACCGACGUCAUGGCCAAGCAGCGUGAAGAGCUCCAGACUGGCGGCAGACGCUCCGAGCUAGAGUACUGGCGUCGAGCGUUAGGCCGGAUCCCCGAUCCCAUCCCCCUGUUCCCCGUGGCAAAGGUCAGCUCUCGACUGCCUGUGACAAGAUACCAUUUCGAGGAAGCUCCCAUGGCGUCGAUAGACGCUGCCACUGCAGAGCAGAUCCGCAAGCAAUGCCGAACCCUCAAGGCGACCCGGUUCCACUUCUUCAUGACCGUCCUACGCGUCUUCCUGUUUGCCUUCCUGGACAUAGACGAGCUCUGCAUCGGCUUUGCAGACGCCAGUCGCGCGGACCCCAGCGUGUCCCGGACCAUCGGGUACCUGGUGAACAUGCUCUCGCUCAAAUUCGAAAGAAAGCCCGCGCAGACCUUUGCGCAGAAGGUCGAGGAGGCGCGCAAGCAGUCGUACGCAGCCCUUGCUAACUCGACCGUGCCCUUCAAUGCACUCCUGGAGAAGCUCGAAGCGCCGCGCUCGGCGGCGUAUACGCCCGUUUUCCAGGUCUUCAUGGACUAUCUCCAGCACAAGUUCACGGCCCCCAAGGGUCUUGGGGUUGUGGAGGACGAGGUCUAUGCCCAUUUGACUCACAAUUUCUUUGACCUUGCUGUGGAUAUCAACGAUGUUUCUGCGAGCGAGAUCCUCGUCCGGUUCCGCAUGCAGCAGUAUCUCUACUCUCAAGAGAGCGUUGCUCUUCUAUUGAAGAGUUAUGUGCAGCUCGUGAAGCUGUGUGCUUAUAUGGAACCGAACAAGCCCGUUGGCGAGCCUGCUCUUUAUGAUUCUCCCGAUAUUGACCGUGCUGUUUCCAUUGGACAGGGGCCUGUUGUUUCUUCUCAGUGGCCAUCUACCCCUAUCCAGCGCAUUUUGGAUGUGGCUAAAGCGAACCCAGAAGCUGCUGCUCUUGUUGACGGUGAAGGAGCAGAAUUAAGCUAUACGGAAAUGAUUGAUCGUGCUCGUUCGAUUGCUUCUUCUCUUCUCAAAGCCGGAGUAGUCACCGGUAACAUCGUGGGCGUAUAUCAAGAGCCCACAGCCGACUCCAUAUGCUCUCUUUUGGCAAUCUGGCUGGUUGGUGCUGUUUACCUGCCGCUGGAUAGACGUGUGCCUUGCUCUCGGCUGUCUCGUCUUGUCCACGACAGUCAGCCGUCUGCCAUUAUUUGCCACGAACAGACUGUCUCUGAUGUCCCUCAGCUUGAGGCUGCUCCACAGACUGCCAUCGUAGCUGUCCCUGACCGUGGAACAAAGAGUGAGGCGGCGCUUCCCUCCAUUGCUGGCAACGUAAACGAGACCAGCAUCAUUCUCUACACCAGCGGGUCAACUGGUGUCCCCAAGGGCCUCCCUAUCCGACAUAUCAGUCUUGUGAACCAGGUCGAGGCCAUGACAGCCACCUUUGGUGUUGGAGCCGAGAAGGUCCUGCAGCAGAGUGCGCCCAGCUUCGAUGUCUCCAUGCAGCAGAUCCUCAUGGCGCUUUGCAACGGAGGAACUCUCUACGUGGUUCCAGGAGAAACGCGUCUCGAUCCCCUCGCAAUUACCAGGCUCAUCCAGUCUGAAAGGAUCACUUGGGUCCAUGCAACUCCCUCCGAGUACACGCAGUGGCUCCGUCACGGGUCGAACCAUCUCAGCGCCGCGAAUUAUCUGAAGUUCGCCUUUUCUUCCGGUGAAGCUCUCUCCAACGCGCUGGUCAAGGACUUUGGGUUGCUCCGUAGGCCGGAUGUCAAGCUGGUCAAUGUUUAUGGUCCUGCUGAGGCUGGUGUCAUCACCGGUACUGAAAUUGAUCCCACCACUGCGUCUGCGCCUUCAGAUGCUGGAGCCCCUGCUGUCUCUCUUGGAUAUCCACUGGCGAACAUGGCAGUCUACGUCGUGGACCGUAACCUCCGGCCUGUCCCUGUCGGAGUCAGUGGCGAGAUUGUUGUUGCAGGCGCAGGCAACAUCGCAGGCUAUCUCAACCGAUCUGAGCUGACUGCAAAGGCAUUCCUCCCAGAUGUCAUCACGCCUGCUAACCACUACCCCGGCCAGCUGCCCACUCUCUAUCGAACCGGUGAUCUUGGGCGUUACAGCGCCGACGGCCAUCUGCACUACGAAGGACGCAUGGCAGGCGACACCCAGAUCAAGCUCAACGGCAUCCGCAUCGACCUGAAGGACGUGGAGGCCUCAAUCAUCGAAACCGCCGGCGGCGAGAUCGUGAACGCCAUCGUCACCGACCACCACAACCCGGACUUCCUGGUCGCACACGUCGAACUCAAGGCCGACUUCCCUGAGGCCGAGGGCAAGGAAUUCCUAACCUACAUCCAGCAGCGUCUCCCAUUGCCCAAGUACAUGUGCCCUGCCAUGUUUAUCCCCCUCGACAGUAUGCCCCUCAACUCCCACGGCAAGCUGGAUCGCCGCGCAAUUGCAGAACGCCCCUUGCCCACUGUCGACGGUGAUUCUCAGCAGAAUGAUGCGGACCUCAGCGAGACUGAGUUGACCCUGAGAGAACUCUGGGCUGGCUGUCUUCCAGAGGACGUCGUCAAAGCGACCAGCAUCACCGCUACCACCGACUUCUUCCAUCUAGGCGGCAACUCGUACCUGCUUGUGCGCCUGCAACGACUCAUCCGAGACCGAUUCAACGUGUCUGUCCCGGUCAUGACGCUCUACGACGCCAGCACAUUGAUGUCGAUGGCUCUCAAGAUCAAAAACAGCGAGUCCCUGGCCGUGAUCGACUGGGAUGCUGAAACCGCGCCACAGAACGUUGCUGCAGCAUCCUCCUCCUCUGCAUCCCGCAAGACGUCUGAUCUCACCGUCGUCCUAACUGGAGCCACUGGCUACCUAGGCUCUCGCAUCAUGAAAGCCCUCGUCGCAGACGAGCAGGUCUCCAAAAUCCACUGCGUCGCUAUCCGGGGCCACUCUACCGACGCACCCCGCGAGAUAUUGACCCAGAACGGCUCCAACAAACUCGUCCUGCACGGCGGCUACCUCGAUGAGCCUUUCCUCGGACUAUCCGAGGCCGAGUUCAAGUCCAUCGGCCGCGAAGCAGACAUUGUGGUUCACAGCGGCGCCAACCGUUCGUUCUGGGACCACUAUGAUAAACUGCGUGGCCCGAACGUCGAGUCCACCAAGACUCUGGCGAGUUUGGCAUUGCAGAAUAACGCUCCUCUGCAUUUCAUCUCUAGCGGGGGAGCACACCUUCUCCGUCCCAGUACCGCUGAGACAGGGACAGGGACAGAUGACUACGCGGCGGCGAAAUCCCUCGCCUCGUCGCCCCCUCCCACCGAUGGCUCCAACGGCUACAUCGCAUCGAAAUGGGCAUCGGAGGUGUAUCUGGAGAAGUUCAGCAAGGCAACAAACCUGCCCGUGCAUAUCCACCGCCUCACCCCAGCAGCAGAGGUAACGCCCGACGCACCACUCGAGCUCCUCGAGGAGAUGUCCGCGCUCGCGGAGAAACUACAGGCGCUCCCGAGUCCCAGUGGGUGGACGGGGACCUUUGACCUGACGCCCGCUGAUGCAUUGGGUGCUGAUAUUGCCGGUGCUGUGCUUGCUGAGCAGCCGCAAUUUGUUCACCAUCCAGCACAGGUGAAGAUGACUAUGGAGCAUGUGGCCAAGUAUCUCGAUAUGCUUCCUGCGGCGGCGGACUUCCAGCGUUUGCCUCCGUUGCAGUGGGCUGGGAGGGCGAAGAGAGAGGGGCUGAGCUGGCAUUUUUCGAGUACGGAUUUUAUUACGAUGGGUGGUGUUAGUGGGUUGGAAUUGAGAAGAUAA